AGAUGUUGCUCGGCGUAUUGAUACGCGAGUAAGAUAACACUGAGCGGCAUUCGCGCGGAAGUUUUUUUCAGGAUGGUCGGCACCGUUGGGAAGGUGCUGCUGUUGAAGAAUUUCUAACACCCUCAUCUUUACCAUCACUUGGGAUCUUGCUGUUAAAGCCAUGGCGUUUGUACCAACACCAAGCCCCACCGUGGUCGACCAGACCACCUUGAUGAAGAAGUACCUACAGUUUGUGGCAGCCCUGACAGACAACAACACUCCUGAUGAAACCAAACUGAAGAUGAUGCAGGAAGUCAGUGAAAAUUUUGAAAAUGUGACUUCUUCGCCACAGUACUCUACCUUCCUGGAGCACAUUAUCCCACGGUUCCUCACUUUCCUGCAGGAUGGAGAAGUGCAGUUUUUGCAGGAGAAGCCGGCGCAGCAAUUAAGAAAACUGGUUCUUGAAAUAAUUCACCGCAUCCCAACGAAUGAGCAUCUUCGUCCUCACACCAAGAAUAUUCUGUCAGUCAUGUUCCGCUUCCUGGAGACUGAAAGUGAGGAGAAUGUCUUAAUUUGUCUUCGUAUCAUCAUUGAGCUACACAAGCAGUUUCGACCACCAAUAACCCAAGAGAUUCAUCAUUUCCUGGAAUUUGUGAAACAGAUUUACAAGGAGCUGCCCAAAGUUGUGAACCGGUAUUUUGAGAACCCGCAAGUCAUACCUGAGAACACCGUGCCGUCACCGGAAAUGGUCGGGAUGAUCACAUCAGUGGUGGUGAAGACAAACCCCGAGCGUGAGGACAGUGAGACACGCACACAUACAAUAAUUCCAAGAGGCUCAUUGUCCCUGAAAGUGUUGGCUGAACUUCCCAUCAUAGUUGUUUUGAUGUAUCAGCUCUACAAAUUAAACAUCCACAAUGUUGUCGCAGAGUUUGUGCCUCUGAUCAUGAACACUAUAAUGCUGCAAGUGUCCUCACAGGCACGGCAGCAUAAAUUAUACAACAAGGAGCUGUAUGCCGACUUCAUUGCAGCACAGAUUAAAACGCUAUCCUUCCUUGCAUACAUAAUCAGGAUUUAUCAAGACUUGGUGGCAAAAUACUCACAGCAGAUGGUGAAGGGAAUGCUGCAGCUGUUGUCAAACUGCCCCUCGGAGACUGCCCACUUGCGGAAGGAACUCCUCAUCGCAGCCAAGCACAUCCUGACCACCGACCUGCGCAGCCAAUUUAUUCCAUGCAUGGAUAAGCUGUUUGAUGAGUCCAUUCUCAUAGGCCAGGGGUACACAGCCCGGGAGACUUUAAGACCACUGGCAUACAGCACCUUGGCUGACCUUGUACACCAUGUCCGCCAGAAUUUGCCCCUUAAUGACCUCUCCCUGGCAGUGCAGCUUUUUGCCAAGAACAUAGACGACGAGUCUCUUCCUAGCAGCAUCCAGACCAUGUCAUGCAAGCUGCUUCUCAACCUAGUGGACUGCAUUCGCUCCAAGAGUGAGCAGGAGAAUGGAAACGGAAGAGAUGUUCUGAUGAGGAUGCUGGAGGUUUUUGUGCUCAAAUUCCACACUAUAGCUCGUUAUCAGCUUGUCACCAUCUUCAAGAAAUGUAAGCCCCAGUCGGAGCUUGGGGUUGUAGAUGCUGGGGCACUGCCAGGAGUGCCAGCCACCCCUACAGCACCAGUUCCUCUACCAACUCCUGCACCGCCAGUUGUGGCUUCACCGGCAGCCAACUCUUUUGAAAAGCCAGGGGAUAAAGAAAAGGAAGACAAGCAGACAUUCCAGGUGUCGGACUGUCGCAGCCUUGUGAAAACGCUGGUGUGUGGGGUUAAGACCAUCACAUGGGGCAUAACGUCCUGCAAGGCUCCUGGGGAAGCACAGUUUGUCCCCAAUAAGCAGCUACAACCCAAGGAGACCCAGAUCUACAUCAAACUUGUCAAGUAUGCCAUGCAGGCCUUGGAUAUUUACCAGGUCCAGAUCGCGGGCAAUGGACAGACGUACAUCCGGGUGGCAAACUGCCAAACGGUUCGAAUGAAGGAGGAGAAGGAGGUUCUCGAGCACUUUGCAGGCGUUUUCACGAUGAUGAAUCCCCUGACCUUCAAGGAGAUUUUCCAGACCACGGUUCCAUACAUGGUGGAGAGGAUUUCCAAGAACUAUGCCCUGCAGAUUGUUGCAAAUUCAUUCUUGGCCAACCCGUCCACUUCUGCACUUUUUGCUACCAUUUUGGUGGAAUAUCUGCUGGAGAGAUUGCCAGAGAUGGGCUCCAAUAUUGAACUGUCCAAUCUCUACUUGAAGCUCUUCAAGCUUGUUUUUGGCUCGGUCUCCCUGUUUGCUGCUGAGAAUGAGCAGAUGCUAAAGCCUCAUCUGCACAAAAUUGUGAACAGCUCUAUGGAGCUGGCCCAGUCUGCUAAGGAGCCCUACAACUACUUUUUGCUGUUGCGGGCCUUGUUUAGGUCCAUCGGUGGGGGCAGCCAUGACCUGUUGUAUCAAGAGUUCCUUCCACUUCUUCCCAACUUGCUGCAAGGGCUCAACAUGCUUCAGAGUGGACUGCACAAGCAACACAUGAAGGACCUCUUUGUGGAGCUCUGCUUGACCGUUCCCGUGCGUCUCAGCUCGCUGCUUCCCUACCUGCCUAUGCUCAUGGAUCCUCUUGUGUCGGCUCUCAACGGCUCCCAGACGUUAGUCAGCCAGGGUCUGCGCACCCUCGAGCUGUGCGUGGACAACCUGCAGCCUGACUUUCUCUACGACCACAUCCAGCCUGUCCGUGCCGAACUCAUGCAGGCUCUGUGGCGCACACUAAGGAACCCGGCAGACACCAUCUCUCACGUGGCAUACCGUGUGCUGGGCAAGUUUGGUGGCAGCAAUCGCAAAAUGCUGAAGGAAUCGCAGAAACUCCAGUAUGUAAUGACUGAGGUGCAAGGCCCCAGCACAACCAUUGAAUUCUCCGACUGCAAGGCGUCUGUCCAGCUGCCCAUGGAGAAGGCUAUCGAAACGGCCCUGGACUGUUUGAAAAGUGCCAACACGGAGCCGUACUACCGGAGGCAGGCCUGGGAGGUGAUCAAGUGUUUCCUGGUGGCCAUGAUGAGCCUGGAGGACAACAAGCACGCUCUGUACCAGCUGCUGGCCCACCCAAAUUUUACAGAGAAGUGGAUUCCCAACGUGAUCAUUUCACAUCGCUACAAGGCCCAGGACACUCCUGCCCGCAAGACAUUUGAGCAAGCCCUCACCGGGGCCUUCAUGUCAGCUGUCAUCAAAGAUCUGCGCCCUAGCGCUUUGCCCUUUGUCGCCAGCCUCAUCCGACACUUCACCAUGGUAGCUGUGGCACAGCAGUGUGGUCCUUUCCUCUUGCAGUGCUAUCAGAGUGGUAGCCAGCCCAGUACCGCCAUGUUUCACAGUGAGGAGAACGGUUCCAAGGGGAUGGACCCUCUUGUGCUGAUAGACGCCAUUGCUAUCUGUAUGGCCUACGAGGAGAAGGAACUCUGCAAGAUUGGGGAGGUGGCGCUGGCUGUGAUCUUUGAUGUUGCCAGCAUCAUCUUGGGGUCAAAAGAGCGGGCUUGCCAGCUGCCCCUCUUCUCCUACAUUGUGGAGCGUCUCUGCGCCUGCUGUUAUGAGCAGGCCUGGUAUGCCAAGCUGGGUGGCGUGGUGUCUAUCAAGUUCCUGAUGGAGCGCCUUCCCCUAAUCUGGGUCCUGCAGAACCAGCAGACGUUCCUGAAGGCGCUUCUUUUUGUCAUGAUGGACCUCACUGGAGAAGUGUCAAAUGGAGCGGUCGCCAUGUCCAAAACCACCUUAGAGCAGCUGCUAGUGCGGUGUGCCACCCCUUUAAAGGAGGAGGAGAAGUCGGACGAGCUGCUAGCCGCGCAGGAGAAGUCCUUCCAUCAUGUCACCCACGAUCUUGUGCGUGAAGUCACCUCGCCCAACUCCACUGUGCGCAAACAGGCCAUGCAUUCGCUGCAGGUCCUUGCCCAGGUCACUGGAAAAAGUGUCACAGUCAUCAUGGAACCACAUAAGGAGGUGUUGCAGGACAUGGUUCCUCCCAAAAAGCAUCUGCUGCGCCACCAGCCAGCUAACGCUCAGAUUGGCCUGAUGGAGGGAAACACCUUCUGCACCACCUUGCAGCCACGUCUUUUUACCAUGGACCUCAACGUAGUGGAGCACAAGGUCUUCUACACGGAGCUCCUGAACCUCUGUGAAGCUGAAGACGCAGCCCUGAUGAAGUUGCCCUGCUAUAAAAGUCUGCCCUCCUUGGUGCCAUUGAGGAUCGCAGCGCUGAAUGCCCUGGCCGCCUGUAAUUACCUGCCGCAGUCGAGAGAAAAAAUCAUUGCGGCCCUGUUCAAAGCUCUCAACUCCACCAAUAAUGAGCUGCAGGAGGCUGGCGAGGCCUGCAUGAGAAAGUUCUUGGAAGGAGCCACAAUUGAAGUGGACCAGAUCCAUACCCACAUGCGCCCCUUGUUGAUGAUGCUGGGUGAUUACCGCAGCCUGACUCUCAAUGUGGUGAACCGGCUAACCUCAGUCACUCGGCUUUUUCCAAACUCCUUCAAUGACAAGUUCUGCGACCAAAUGAUGCAACAUUUACGUAAGUGGAUGGAAGUGGUGGUCAUCACUCACAAAGGGGGCCAGCGCAGCGACGGCAGUCCUGUCCUGGAAGGCGUGGAGGAAAUGAGAAUUUGCUCUGCAAUUAUUAAUCUGUUCCAUUUGAUACCGGCGGCCCCCCAGACCCUAGUGAAGCCCCUCCUGGAGGUGGUGAUGAAGACUGAGCGAGCCAUGCUAAUUGAGGCCGGCAGUCCCUUCAGGGAGCCUCUGAUAAAGUUUCUAACUCGUCACCCUUCCCAGACUGUGGAGCUCUUCAUGAUGGAAGCAACCCUGAAUGACCCUCAGUGGAGUCGGAUGUUCAUGAGUUUUUUGAAGCAUAAGGACGCCAAAUCCCUGCGUGACGUCUUGGCCUCCAAUCCUAAUCGGUUUGUGACCCUGCUGCUCCCACCUGGCCCUCAAGCCACAGUUCGUCCAGGAUCUCCCUCCACAAGUUCCAACGCCUUGAGGCUGGACCUUCAAUUUCAAGCCAUCAAGAUCAUCAGCAUUAUUGUGAAGCAUGACCCCGGCUGGCUGGCAGGGCAGCACUCUUUAGUGAGUCAACUGCGCCGAGUGUGGGUGAGCGAAGCAUUCCAGGAGCGUCACCGCAAGGACAACAUGUCUGCCACCAACUGGAAGGAGCCCAAACUGCUUGCCUACUGCCUGCUAAGUUACUGCAAACGUAACUACUCGGAGAUCGAACUGCUCUUUCAGUUGCUCCGUGCCUUCACGGGCCGCUUUCUAUGCAACAUGACCUUCCUGAAGGACUACAUGGAGGAGGAGAUCCCCAAGAACUACAGCAUCGCCCACAAGAGGGCACUCUUCUUCCGUUUUGUGGAAUUCAACGACCCCAACUUCGGCGAUGAGUUGAAAGCCAAGGUCUUGCAGCACAUCCUGAACCCAGCUUUCCUGUACAGCUUUGAGAAGGCAGAGGGUGAGCAGUUGCUGGGUCCCCCAAAUCCUGAGGGUGACAAUCCAGAGAGCAUCACCAGUGUGUUUAUCACUAAGGUUCUCGACCCAGAGAAGCAGGCUGACCUGCUGGAUUCCCUAAGGAUUUACCUGCUUCAGUUUGCCACUCUAUUGGUCGAGCAUGCUCCCCACCACAUCCAUGAUAACAACAAGAGCCGAAACAGCAAGCUACGGCGUCUCAUGACCUUUGCCUGGCCAUGUCUACUGCCCAAGGCCUGCGUGGACCCAGCUUGCAAGUACAGUGGUCAUCUUCUGCUGGCACACAUCAUUGCCAAAUUUGCCAUCCACAAAAAGAUUGUCUUGCAGGUAUUCCACAGCCUGCUCAAAGCCCACAACAUGGAGGCACGUGCCAUUGUCAGGCAGGCUAUGGCGAUCCUCACUCCAGCUGUGCCAGCUCGCAUGGAAGAUGGUCACCAAAUGCUCACUCACUGGACUCGUAAGAUCAUUGUGGAAGAAGGGCACACCGUGCCUCAGCUGGUCCACAUCCUGCAUCUCAUCGUGCAGCACUUUAGGGUUUAUUACCCUGUGCGGCACCAUCUGGUCCAGCAUAUGGUCAGCGCCAUGCAGAGGCUGGGCUUCACUCCCAGUGUCACAAUUGAACAAAGAAAGUUGGCUGUGGACCUGGCAGAGGUAGUCAUAAAAUGGGAGCUGCAGAGAAUAAAGGAUCAGCAGCCUGAAAGUGAGGGCGACUCUUGCGGAGAGGGCACAAGCACAACGACGGGAGCAAUGAAAAGAGGCCUGUCUAUGGACUCUGGCCAGGACGUGAAACGCUUCCGCACUGCCACGGGUGCUGUGAGCACAGUGUUUGCCCGCAGCCAGUCUACACCAGGGGCUGACGCACUUCUCGGGAAACCAGUUGAAAAGCAGCACACCGAUACUGUUGUCAACUUUCUUAUUAGAAUAGCUUGUCAGGUAAAUGACAGUGCAAGCACUGCUGGGUCUCCCGGGGAGCUGCUGUCACGGCGCUGCGUGAAUCUGAUGAAAACGGCCCUGCGCCCGGACAUGUGGCCCAAAUCGGAGCUGAAGCUCCAGUGGUUUGACAAGUUGCUGAUGACCGUGGAGCAGCAGAACCAGACCAACUUCGCCAACAUCUGCACGGGUCUGGAAGUCCUGAGCUUCCUGUUGACAGUCCUCCCCUCUACCGCCAUUCUGGCUCACUUCAAACCUCUGCAGAGGGGGAUUGCAGCCUGCAUGUCUUGUGGGAACACCAAAGUUUUACGGGCGGUCCAUACUUUGCUGUCUCGGCUCAUGAGUAUCUUCCCCACAGAACCCAGUACCUCCAAUGUGGCAUCCAAGUAUGAGGAGCUCGAGUGCUUGUAUGCUGCUGUGGGGAAGGUGAUUUAUGAGGGACUGACCAAUUAUGAGAAGGCCACCAAUGCCAACCCAUCCCAGCUGUUUGGCACCCUGAUGAUCCUCAAAUCUGCGUGCAGCAACAACCCGAGUUACAUCGACAGGCUCAUCUCGGUGUUUAUGCGCUCCUUACAGAAGAUGGUACGGGACCACCUGAACACGCAGACCACACCCGGAGCGGCUGAAGCCAGCACAGUGACAAGUGAGCUUGUCAUGCUCAGCCUGGAUCUGGUGAAAACGAGACUUUCGGUGAUGAGCCCCGACAUGAGAAAGAACUUUAUUCAAGUCAUCCUCACUUCACUCAUUGAAAAAUCACCUGACCCUAAGAUCCUUCGGGCCGUCGUCAAGAUCGUGGAGGAGUGGGUGAAAAAUAACUCUCCCAUGGCAGCCAAUCAGAUGCCGAAUCUAAGGGAGAAGUCCAUUCUUCUGGUGAAAAUGAUGAGCUGCAUUGAGAAGCGCUUUCCCGAAGACCUUGAAUUAAAUGCCCAGUACUUAGACCUCGUUAACUACGUCUACAGGGACGAGACUCUUUCUGGCAGUGACAUCACCUCCAAGCUGGAGCCAGCCUUUCUGUCUGGUCUGCGCUGCCCACAGCCUCUGAUCCGUGCCAAGUUCUUUGAGGUGUUUGAUGGCUCAAUCAAGCGGCGUGUCUACGAGAGACUGCUGUACAUCACUUGCUCUCAAAACUGGGAGGCCAUGGGCAACCACUUCUGGAUCAAGCAGUGCGUCGAGCUGCUGCUUGCUGUGUGUGAACGUGGAACCACUAUUGGAACAAGCUGCCAGGGGGCCAUGCUUCCAUCUAUCACUAAUGUCAUCAACCUGGCCGACAGUCACGAGAGAGCUGCUUUUGCCAUGGUAACGCAUGUCAAGCAGGAGCCGCGGGAGCGCGAAAACAGUGAGACCAAGGAGGAGGAUGUAGAGAUUGAUGUUGAGCUCGCCCCUGGCGAUCAGAGCAGCACUUUGAAAACAAAGGAACAAGCCGAGAAGGAUACUGGCAACCAACUACAUAUGCUGACCAACAAGCACGAUAAAUUCCUGGACUCGCUGAGGGAAGUUAAGACAGGAACGCUGCUCAAUGCCUUUGUCCAGCUGUGCCACAUUUCCACUCCUCUGGCAGAGAAGACCUGGAUUCAGCUUUUUCCCCGACUCUGGAAAAUUCUUUCUGACCGGCAGCAGCAUGCCCUGUCAGGAGAGAUCAGCCCAUUCCUGUGUAGCGGUAGCCAUCAGGCGCAACGUGACUGCCAGCCCAGUGCACUUAACUGCUUUGUGGAGGCCAUGUCUCAGUGUGUGUCACCCAUCCCCAUCAGACCUUGCGUUCUCAAGUACCUGGGCAAGACGCACAACCUUUGGUUCCGCACUACCCUUAUGCUUGAGCAGCAAGCCUUUGAGAAGGGCCUGAGCCUUCCCAUUAAGCCCAAGCAGACGGCCGAACUCUACGAACAGGAGAGUAUUACCUUACCCCAGCAGGAGAUCCUAGAUUCAUUAGCGGAACUCUACUCCCUGCUUCAAGAAGAAGACAUGUGGGCAGGUUUGUGGCAGAAGCGCUGCAAGUUUCCAGAAACCUCGACCGCUAUUGCGUAUGAGCAGCAUGGGUUCUUUGAGCAGGCCCAAGAGAGUUAUGAGAAGGCCAUGGAAAAGGCACGGAAGGAACAUGAACGAAAUAACAUCUCUCCAGCAGUCUUCCCGGAAUAUCAGCUAUGGGAGGACCACUGGGUGCGAUGUUCUAAAGAGCUUAACCAGUGGGAGGCGCUGACAGAGUAUGGACAGUCCAAGGGUCACAGCAAUCCUUAUCUUGUCUUGGAAUGCGCCUGGAGGGCCUCCAACUGGACAGCCAUGAAGGAAGCUUUAGUACAGGUUGAACUCAGCUGCCCCAAGGAGAUGGCCUGGAAGGUGAACAUGUACCGGGGCUAUUUGGCCAUCUGCCACCCGGAGGAGCAGCAGCUGAAUUUCAUCGAGCGUCUGGUUGAAAUGGCCAGCAGCCUGGCGAUCAGAGAGUGGAGGAGGCUUCCUCACAUCGUGUCGCAUGUGCACACCCCUCUGCUGCAGGCCGCUCAGCAGAUCAUCGAGCUGCAGGAAGCAGCACAGAUCAUUGCGGGCUUGCAGCCUGCCAACCUGGGCCGGAACACCAGCCUCCAUGACAUGAAGACCGUGGUGAAGACCUGGAGGAACCGGUUGCCCAUUGUAUCGGAUGAUUUGUCCCACUGGAGCAGCAUCUUCAUGUGGCGGCAGCACCACUAUCAAGGUGAGAUUUGGGGCGUGUGUUUGAGCGUGAGCUCUUGGGGUUGCUGCCUGACCUUCUUGAUUACCUUUGCCCCUUUACAUCUUGCAGCGAUCGUCGGUGCCUAUGAUAACAGCACGCAACACGACCCCAGCUCAAACAACGCCAUGCUGGGGGUGCACGCGUCUGCCUCCGCCAUUAUACAGUAUGGGAAGAUCGCACGCAAGCAAGGACUGGUCAAUGUGGCACUUGACAUCCUGAGCCGCAUCCACACCAUUCCCACCGUGCCCAUUGUUGACUGCUUCCAGAAGAUCCGACAGCAGGUUAAGUGCUACCUGCAGCUUGCUGGUGUGAUGGGAAAGAACGAGUGCAUGCAGGGUCUGGAGGUCAUUGAGUCUACAAACCUCAAGUACUUCACCAAAGAGAUGACAGCAGAGUUUUAUGCGCUUAAGGGAAUGUUCCUGGCACAGAUUAACAAGUCUGAGGAGGCAAACAAGGCUUUCUCUGCAGCAGUCCAGAUGCACGAUGUCUUGGUCAAGGCCUGGGCCAUGUGGGGAGACUACUUGGAGAACAUCUUUGUAAAAGACCGCCAGCUGCACCUCGGUGUGUCUGCCAUCACCUGCUACCUGCAUGCCUGUCGGCAUCAGAACGAGAGCAAAUCCCGCAAGUACCUAGCCAAGGUGCUGUGGCUCCUCAGCUUCGAUGACAAGAAUACACUGGCUGAUGCCGUUGACAAGUACUGCAUUGGUGUGCCACCCCUUCAGUGGCUUGCAUGGAUCCCUCAGCUGCUCACGUGCCUGGUGGGCUCAGAAGGCAAGCCGCUUCUCAACCUCAUCAGCCAGGUUGGACGGGUGUUUCCUCAAGCUGUGUACUUCCCCAUCCGGACGCUGUACCUGACCCUGAAGAUUGAGCAGAGGGAGCGCUACAAGAGUGAUUCUGGCCAGCAGCAGCCCACCUCAGUGGGGGUACAAGCCCACUCUGCGUCAGAUCCCGGACCCAUCCGUGCAACGGCCCCCAUGUGGCGCUGCAGCCGCAUAAUGCACAUGCAGCGGGAGCUGCACCCCACACUCCUAUCAUCCCUGGAGGGCAUCGUGGACCAGAUGGUCUGGUUCAGGGAGAACUGGCACGAGGAGGUCCUCCGUCAGCUGCAGCAAGGCUUGGCAAAGUGUUACUCGGUCGCCUUUGAGAAAAGCGGUGCCGUGUCCGAUGCCAGGAUCACCACACACACCAUGAAUUUUGUCAAGAAAUUGGUGAGCACCUUCGGCGUUGGCCUCGAGAACGUCUCCAAUGUCUCCACCAUGUUCUCGAGUGCAGCCUCAGAGUCUUUGGCGCGACGGGCACAAGCCACAGCUCAGGAUCCCGUGUUUCAGAAGAUGAAGAGCCAGUUCACUACAGAUUUUGACUUCAGCGUCCCCGGAUCCAUGAAACUGCAUAACCUCAUCUCCAAGCUGAAGAAGUGGAUCAAGAUCCUGGAGGCAAAGACUAAGCAGUUGCCCAAAUUCUUCCUGAUUGAAGAAAAAUGUCGUUUUCUGAGCAACUUCUCCGCCCAGACUGCCGAGGUCGAGAUCCCAGGCGAGUUUCUUAUGCCUAAACCCACCCAUUACUACAUCAAAAUUGCCAGGUUCAUGCCAAGAGUGGAAAUUGUCCAGAAGCACAACACUGCUGCACGUCGGCUUUACAUCCGAGGGCACAACGGCAAGAUCUACCCGUACCUGGUGAUGAACGACGCCUGCCUGACGGAGUCCCGCCGGGAAGAGCGAGUGCUUCAGCUCCUGCGUCUCCUUAAUCCUUGCUUGGAGAAGAGAAAGGAGACCACCAAGAGACACCUUUUUUUCACCGUUCCCCGUGUCGUGGCGGUGUCACCCCAAAUGCGGCUGGUGGAAGACAACCCAUCUUCACUGUCUCUGGUGGAAAUCUACAAGCAGCGCUGCACCAAGAAGGGCAUUGAGCACGACAACCCCAUCUCCAGAUACUACGACAGGCUGGCGACUGUCCAGGCCCGGGGGGCACAGGCAAGCCACCAGGUCCUUCGCGAUGUUCUCAAGGAGGUGCAGAGCAACAUGGUGCCCCGCAGCAUGCUGAAGGAGUGGGCGUUACACACCUUCCCUAAUGCCACUGACUACUGGACUUUCCGUAAGAUGUUCACCGUGCAGCUGGCGCAUAUUGGCCUGGCAGAGUUCGUGUUCCAUUUGAACCGGCUGAACCCAGAAAUGCUACAGAUUGCCCAGGACACGGGCAGGCUUAAUGUGGCUUACUUCCGGUUUGACAUCAAUGAUGCCACUGGAGACCUGGACGCCAAUCGGCCCGUACCCUUCCGUCUGACACCCAACAUCUCGGAGUUCCUAACCACCAUUGGGGUGUCGGGGCCUUUGACAGCUUCCAUGAUUGCCGUGGCUCGCUGCUUCGCACAGCCCAACUUCAAGGUGGAUGGCAUUCUGAAGGCAGUCCUUCGGGAUGAGAUUAUCGCCUGGCAUAAGAAGACUCAGGAGGACACUUCCACACCUCUGUCGGCAGCCGGGCAGCCCGAGAACAUGGACAGUCAACAGCUGGUCUCCUUGGUGCAGAAAUCUGUCACGGCCAUCAUGACCAGACUUCACAGCCUGGCACAGUUUGAGGGGGGUGAGAGUAAAGUGAACACUUUAGUGGCUGCUGCCAACAGCCUUGAUAACCUCUGUCGAAUGGACCCGGCCUGGCACCCUUGGCUCUGAGUGGCCAUUUGGCUUAAUUUGGGACAGUUGGGCUUUAGGAUGGUGACAGUCCAGCCUGGACUUCGACACUUGACAUUUUAAGCGGACGAUUUCUUUUAUGUUCGGGUGUGCGUGCACCGUAGCAAGACUGGGGGGCUCUGGCCUCUUCGCAGACCUCGCCUUUUGGGUGGUCCGUGCCGUCUUUUUAUAUGAAGUAGCUUUUGCUGCUGUGACCGGUCAGAUGCUUGCUCUAAACUUCUGAGGUUUGUGAGCGGCGGGCCGCAGGAAUCAGGGCCUCGGCUUCCAGCGCCUGGCAUUAUUAAAACUAUUUUAAUAUA